AUGGAAGAGAAGCAGAUGUCGAGUGAGUCAGCGCUAGUGUUGGGCUCUAUGUCCGGCCAAUUAGGUCCACAAAUGGUGACAUCGAGUGUGCCAUCAGUGCAGACAUCGUUCGCGGGAGGCGUCCCCACACUCCUCACCCCUUCCCAGUUGUCUUCGCUCACCAUUAGUCCCGUCCAACAGUCGGCGAACUCGACAUCAAAAUACGCGCAACUCUUGCAAGUGAUCGAAGAGUUAGGCAAAGACAUACGUCCGACGUAUUCGGGGUCCAAGAGCUCUGCCGAGCGGCUCAAGAGAGGUAUAAUUCACGCGAGAAUUCUUGUGCGCGAGUGUCUCAUAGAGACCGAGAGGAAUAACGCCAGGAACUGAUUGUCACACCAUUUGUUCAUUACAUACAAAACCAUUAAAACUAUUUCUAUUUAUUUAUAAUCUAAUGAAUCAUUAUUUGCAAUGAUUUUGGUUUUGAUAUAAUUAUGUAUUUAUUUAUUCAUUGAUAACUCAAUAAUAAAUUGGCAUAAAAUAUAGCAA